AGCAUCACAGUCCGGUUCAGUCGGUAGCUGAUGUCUGUGGAGUAACAACGCCUACCGCUAGUAACAAGUCUAAGCCUCAGCCAGCUACCAAUAUGUUAACGCAAAUUGAGGAGUUGUAUAACUUCAUUUACCCGCUAGCGAAAAAGGCUGGCGAUAUACUGAUCGAGGGCUACAAUCGAGCGGAGAAGCACGUGGACAUUAAGGGUGCAUUCUAUGAUGUGGUCACCGACUAUGACAACAAAAUCGAGGAGUUUCUGAUGGGCGAGAUCUUGGCCAAAUAUCCGCAGCAUAAGUUCAUUGGCGAGGAGGAUACGGCCAAGAAUAAUAAUGUAUCUAAAGAGCUGACUGAUGCGCCCACCUGGAUCAUCGAUCCCAUCGACGGCACCUCCAAUUUCAUUAAACAAAUUCCACAUGUUUGCGUCUCAAUCGGGCUUUCAAUCAAUAAGCAAAUCGUUCUGGGCAUUGUAAAUAAUCCAGCCCAGGGCAAGCUCUACACAGCGAAGCUGGGGCAAGGCGCCUUUUGCAAUGGCAAGCCCAUUCAUGUGAGCAAUUGUGAGCGUUUGCGGGAUGCCAAUGUGGCCUAUGAGGUGUCCCUGUUGCAUGUGCACAAUGUGGCUAACAAGCACAUCAAACGAAUCUACCAUGUGGGAUUGCAUGCCAGGCGCUUGUUGGCCUACUCCUGCGUUGUGGAUGAGCUGUGCAUGGUGGCUGCCGGCAAUUUGGAUGCCUUUUAUAUUGAGGAUAUGUAUCCUUGGGACUGCGCCGCUGGCUCGUUGUUGGUGCACGAGGCUGGUGGAGUAGUCACGCAUCCUUUUGGAGGACCUUUUGACAUUAUGAAACCGGAUUUAAUUUGUGCCGGCACCGAAAAGUUGCGCAAAGAAAUUGAGAACCUGCUUCGCAAAGCCGAUCAGGAACAUUCCGUUGGCGGCACUGAUCCUUAGAAUCUACAGAAAAUAUAUUUAUGAAUAAAACCCGUUCA